AUGGCGGAGAGUUUCGUGAAGUACAGGGCUUUGAGAAGUUGGGCAAUAGCAAAUGGUUGGUUCAUUAGAUUUAGAAGGGUGUCUAAAGACCAAUGUGAGGCUAUCUGCAAGCCUCCAUGUGCAUGGAGGGUGUAUGCAUCUAUUGUAAGCAAAGAUAAAGCAUUUCUGAUUAAGUCAUUUAAGGGGGAACAUAGCUGUAAGAGGGCUACAAAGAACAAGUUACUAAGUUCUAAAUGGAUAGCUAAUAAGUACCUGCCAGUUUUUAGAGUAAAACCGAAUUGGGAUAUUAGUGAAUUGAGGAGGGAUAUAGCUGAUAGAUUUGCAGUGGAUGUUAGCAGGGAUAGGUUAUAUAAAGCAAGGAAACAUGCAUUAAAGCUUGUCAGAGGGUCGGUUGAAGAGCACUAUGCAUCUCUGAGGAGAUACAUAGCUGAACUGAAAAGAGUAGAUGGGGAGUGUACAUUUGAGGUUGUUGUGGGCAGUGAUGGGGUAUUCAAGGGAGUGUACAUAGGUCAUUCUGCAUUGAGGAGAGGUUUUAAAGAGAGCUGUAGACCAUUGGUAGGCUUAGAUGGCUGUUUUUUAAAAACUUACUUGGGUGGGAUCUUGAUGUGUGCUGUUGGAAAGGAUGGGAACAAUCAGAUGUUCCCAAUAGCAUGGGGAGUGGUGGCUGUUGAAAACGAGGUGAAUUGGAGUUGGUUUGCCAAGCUUCUGGUAGAUGAUCUGGAGAUAGGCACUGGAGAAGGCUACACCUUCAUCAGUGAUCAACAGAAAGGGCUUAUGAAUGUUUUGAGCAAUUAUGCUCCAAGGGCAGAGCAUAGGAAUUGUGCCCGCCACAUCUAUAUGAAUUGGAAAAAGGAGAAUAAAGGAGCAACACUCAAGACUAUAUUCUGGAAGGCUGUAAGAGCUACAACCGAACAACAAUACAAGAAGGUGCUUGAGGAGAUGAAGGCUGAGAGUGUUGGAGCUUACCAGAGCUUCAUUGAGAGGGACACUUCAAAAUUUUUUAAGGCGUUUCUGUCUUUUACCCCCUGUUCAGACAUGAUAGACAAUAAUAUAAGUGAGACUUUCAAUGGCUGGAUACUUAGUGCUAGAGGAAAGCACUUGAUACACUGUUUGGAAGAAAUCAGAACAGCCCUUAUGAUGAGGCAAGUGAAAAAGCUACAUGUUAUGGCAAAGGUUUCUGAUAGGCUUUGCCCUAUGAUCAGCAAGAAACUUGAGAAAAUGAUGCAUCAGUCUAGGAACAUGAACAUCAUACAUGCACUCGGGGAUAAGUUUGAGGUAGAUGAUGAGGGUGAGAAAUAUGUUUUCAAUAUUCCUUUAAGGAGAUGUACAUGCAGAGUAUGGGAGCUUAUUGGUAUACCUUGCGCACAUGGUUUGGCAUGCAUUAGGUACUUGAAUGAUGAUGCAUCUAAUUUUGUGCAUGAGUAUUACACAGUUUCCAAGUAUUUGCAGGCUUAUAAAUAUACAUUGGAGCCACUGAAUGGUCCAUUACAUUGGCCGCAGUGUGAGGGCAGUGUGAUUAAACCUCCAACAGUGAAGAAUAUGCCUGGGAGGCCUAUGAAGAAUAGGAUUAGGGAUCCCCAUGAGGUUGAUCCAAAAAAUCCUAAUAGGCUGAAAAGAAAAGGGCUAGUUAUGACAUGUGGUAACUGUGGUGAGCGUGGUCAUAACACAAGGGGCUGCAAAAAGGAGAAGGUCGAGAAGCCUACAAAAGAAAAAGGAGCAAAGCGGAGGCCUAAGAAGAAUGAUGCUACAGCAAGAGACCCAGGGAAGAGGCCUAUGAUGUCAAAGGCAGAGCAAAGAGAGAUUGCCAUGGAGAAGGCAUUUGCAAUGAGGGGUGCUGGACUCUAUAUCAGUGAGGGCAGUGGCAACCAAUACUUUAGGACACCUGAUCAGAGGGGUGUUACCCAUAUUACUCAAGGAGGAGCAUCAGGAGCAUCAGGUAGCAGAGGAAGAGGAAGAGGAAGAGCUCGGGGUGGUGCAACCGGCAGUGGUGCAAGCAAUCAAGAGUCAGGAAGCACAGUGUUGGAAGGCUCAACUACUCAAGAGAGCAUUAACAAGUGA